AUGGACAAGGCAAAUGUCCAUCGUACAUUUUAUAAAGCUUUAGAAACCAUGGGUAAUGAUCAAAAAAUUUCGCAGGAAUUUCAUAAUGUUAUUCAAGAACUCUUAAAAGGAAAAAAGGGGUGUGGUCCCCUGCAUCUGGUCACCCUAGGUUUCUUUGAGAGGUCUACUAACUUUGGAGGAAGAGUUUAUGCACCUCCCUCAGGAACUUCAGAACAAUCUAAUGAAGUAAGUGAUAUAUGCAACAAAUCUAUGGAUGUAAAUAAAUCGGUAAGAGGAAAACGAAAAAAUAUAGAUUCCACAAAUACCAGAGUCACGAAGAAAGGGAAGAAAGUAUCUGCCUUCACCGAAAAAUCGGAUAUUACUCUUAUGGAAUUCGAAGAAACGCUUAUAACAUUUUUUAAAUCAAGAUCAACCUGA